AGAGGGAGUCUCUCUCUUUCUGUCUCAGACUGACUUGCGGGCUGCUGGUUUUCUCUUCCUCUUGUCCUCCUGUCCCUUUCCUCGGGCUCUCUCGCUGCCGGCGGCUGGUUGGAGGAGUUCAGCUGUGUUUUGGCUGCCGUCUGGAUUUGAACAUGGACUCAGGCUGAUCAGCUUCACGCAGCGAGACAAGACAAGAGUCACUGGAGAUUCACUGAGUGGCACCCACUCUGUCUUUCUGAGGACAUUUGUGGCAUGAAACCAGAUCGCAGACAUCUUCCAUUCAUCACCUCCUCCUUCAUCUCCCACCACCACUCUCCAAUUAGGAACUCUCUCUCAGCUCCACCGCAUUGAUGAGGUAACGUCAAGCUUCACGCAGCGCAGCACACACCUGCACUAUCACCACCCUCCCCACUUCCUCCCCCUUUUCCUUCUGACAACCCUUCCAUCGCAGCCAUGGGCCAGAAGAUUUCUGGCAGCAUUAAAUCGGUAGACGGUCGCGGGGAAAGCGGUGGCUCCCCGUCCUACCGGCCCUUGGCUCAUCGCCGGCAGCACCCAGAGCUUAGGGGCCCAGAUUUCUCCAAACCCCCCAGGCUGGAUCUCCUACUGGACAUGCCGUGCGCUGGACCCGAGACCCAGCUCCGUCACGCAUGGAACCCUGACGACCGCUCACUCAACAUCUUCAUCAAAGAGGAAGAUAAGUUGACAUUUCACCGCCACCCGGUCGCUCAGAGCACGGACUGCAUCCGGGGGCGGGUUGGAUACACCAGAGGUCUCCAUGUGUGGAAGAUCCACUGGCCCGCCCGGCAACGAGGCACCCACGCUGUAGUUGGGGUGGCAACCUCAGAGGCUCCGUUACAUUCUGUUGGGUACACGGCGUUGGUGGGGUCGGACUGUGAGUCCUGGGGCUGGGAUCUGGGACGUAACCGGCUCUACCAUGACAGUAAGAACCGGGCCCACAGCUCGCUGCCAUCUUACCCUUGUUUCCUGGAGCCGGAGGAGUCAUUCACACUGCCGGACUCUCUGCUAGUGAUUCUGGACAUGGACGAAGGAACUCUGAGCUUCAUGGUGGACGGACAGUAUCUUGGAGUGGCGUUUAGAGGGCUGAAAGGCAAGAAGCUGUAUCCCAUUGUCAGCGCUGUGUGGGGACAUUGUGAGAUAUCCAUGAAGUACAUCAACGGCUUGGAUCCCGAGCCUCUUCCUCUGAUGGACCUGUGCCGGCGUGCGGCCCGUCUGGCUUUGGGUCGGGAGCGGCUUCAGGAGAUCGAGAGCCUCCCCCUGCCCCAGUCCCUCAAAAAUUACCUCCAAUACCAGUGACUGACACCAGCAGAGUACAAGGACACAAACCAGACCACCAGAGAGUCUACAGCUGGAUGGAGGAAAGACAUGAAUUAAAAGGUGCAAAGAGGGGAUGAUGGAUGGAAGAAUGUCCACACUGAGAGUGCCGAGGCUCAACAAAAGAUGGAUUUAUACGAAGAUGGAAUGAAAGAUGGUGGAUGAACUCACAGUGGAGGUCCAGGCUUUCACACAAAGGACAGGACAGCACCAGCUUCUUUUGGAUUUUCGAGCUGCUCUAUCAUUUGUUUUGGACUUGAAAUAAAUUAUUGAUGAUGGUAUCCCAUCAGUGUCUCACUCAUCCAGAAAGAAAGCCCAUCCCCUGAUGGCACGGUGUGGUUAAGUGGUGAAAGAGACGGUGGUAAAAACAAAGACCGCCACCUAGUGAUGAGAAUAAAAACUGCGCCGAGAAAGCACACUAAUCCUAUCCCUGGAGGCCUUUCUGACGAACAGUCAGUGACCAUAUCAUUGAUUUGGAUACCAUAGUGUGUAUUCAUGGUUUCCACUGGUACAGGUGACAGGCUGCAGAGUCUUAGACGUCUAAGAGGAUUCUAGCUCUAAUGUCCUUUUUAUGUGAUGACUCAGGCCCGACCAAAAGCUCACACUGCAUACAGAGUAGAUCAAAACAUGGCUGCAGGGUGUAUGCAAAGUUUAGCACAAGAGACUUAACUUAUCUCCUGGCUUUAUGCAGACAUUCGGUGAUAGUUAAGCCCUUUUCAGACAUGGAAUAAGUAACGUCUAUCAGUUAAAGCACCUGUCAGCACCUGGUGCUGGAGGAGGAACAGUGGAGUUAAAGAAUAAUGAAGGAAGCAAAUUAUGGAUUUUAAAAUUCAUUUUGCCAUUAAUGUCUUAAGGAUUGUCAGCUUGAAAUCCCACACAUCAGUUUAAUCAUUUAUUUUUUUUUUUUCUGAGAUUUAUUUUAUUGUGUGGCAUGUUUUAUACUGGAACUGCUUAUUUUUGUUUGUUUUUUUGUUUUUACCUGUUUGUUUCCCUGUGCUGCAAAGGGAAAUAAAAUAGUUUUUAUAAUCUGAUCUGAAAUAAGAUUAAUCUUGACAAAAUGUGGAAAAAAGACCUUCAGAUCUUGAAAUAUUUCUCUGUAACUUUCACAAGCUAAUAAUCAGAGUGGAAAAAAAACAUGUUAUUUCCAGGUUAUUUAUUAAGAGUUUGACACUCAAAAACUCAACUAAUCUACUUUAUCAAGACUGUGCAUGUGAGGUUUGAUCAGAUUUGAUUGACAGUCACCAAACAACCCAUCAACUGUAAGAUUUUAACACAAAUGUUGCUAAAUUCUGAUUGGCUGGAUGGAAGUAUCAGCUUUUUUUUAGAUGAGUCCUGCAAACCUCAAACCACGUCGGAAGAACACACUGAAGAAGAAAAACACAAAUGUCUAAUGUGAAAUAACCAGAAUUGUCUUGUGGGUCCCCAUCGCACAUAGUAAGAAGCUUAAUGAGAAAAUAUUUUAAUCUCUUCAUGUGCACACUUUGUGCUCCUGCAGCCUUUUUACAUUAAUGUGAGCAUAUUCAAUUAAGACUCGCACUGUGUGGGAGGUGAUGCAGCAGUGGCACGUGGUCCAGCUUAUUAAGAACGUGGUCAUGGCUUUUACACGCGGAGCUGCAUGUCUGAAAGGGGCUUUAUCACCGAAACAAAUGGGACAAAACCGCUCGCUGUUUAAACAAGUGUUAAGUUGCACUGAGAAACAUUCCUCACAGGACACUAAACCAUGUAUUAUGAUGUCAAUCAUGACCAAAGUAUUUCAUACUAAGCCAUGGAGUGAAUGAAUGUGUCUGUAGGAGCUGUGGGUCGUGGCCUGCCGCAGUGUAACCUAAGAGGAGCCUCACCUGCUGUUGUUUGUAGCACCCUGCUGUAGCUCACUGGUACCAGACAGUAUCUGUCUGCUCUCUGCACAACUGUCUUAAUGACCACAAACAAGGAAACAAACAAACAAACAAGCAAACAGGACCAGGGCAGAUCUAGACUCUCUGGAUCUAUUGUAAAGGCUGGAGCAGGACGAAGGAACAUUACUGCUACUGCAGUGGCUCAGAACAGGAUGCACAUGACCAACGCCCAACCACACACACACACACACACACACAAACAAACUCACACAUACAUAUUCACACACCUACCAUGUUUUCUUUCCUAAAAAAGGCUUGAGUCACUUUUUUUUUACUUCUGAGUUUGUAUCCAACAUUAUUAUUAUUAUUAUUAUUAUUGUUAAUAUUAUUGUGAGUGUGGAGUCUGAUUCUGA